UUAUGCAGUCCAUGAUCAGAGCAAGAAAUUCAAAACUCUCUGAGGCAGAAUUUAUCUCAUUUUUGCAUUUCUUAUCUUACAUCUUAGGGCUCUGAAAAAAUUGGUCAAUGAGAAGCAGAACAACUGGGAUGUCUUCUUGGAUGCUACAUUGUUUUCUCUUAGAUCUAAAAUCCACACCACCACAAAAUUCUCUCCUUUUCUGUUAAUGUAUGGAAGGGAGGCAGUUUUCCCCUCUGAGGUUCCUGUUGACAUGCCUCUUUCCACAAUUAUUCUUCCCGAUGAGAAAAGCUAUGGCAUGUUUUUUGAUGAAAAAAAUAAGGUGGUUGAGACAAUAAAAACAACAACAGCUGAAAACAUCUCCAAGUCACAGGAAAAACAGAAGCAGGCAUAUGCUAAACGAAUACAAAAGAAGUACCAAAACACAGAUUAUCAUGUUGGAGAUGAGGUGCUUCUGUUCAACAUGAGGAAGCAGGGACGGAAGGGAGGAAGAACGGAACCGGAUUUUACUGGACCUUAUGUCAUCCAGGCAAUAUGUGGCAAGCUGGUUACACUGUCUAUUUCUAAAGGGGCAACUUUAAAGAACAAAUACAAUGUAAACCACAUCAAGCCAUACAGAAGGAGCCAAACUGAUGUCCCAAGUCAGGAAUCACACAAGGUGCCAGAAGAGUGUAAGACCAGUAAACCUCCCUCUAGCCCAGAGCCUCUGACAGAGAGGCCACAGAGGCCUUCAGUAAUUCAUUUUUCUGCAAGAAAAGAUGUUAAAAUCCUCCAUGAAACAAGAGGGUUAGAAUGCUCUGGUCUGCCGAAGAUCAUGGCCAGGUGGAAGCAGUUGUUGGACCAUACAAAUUGUAUGAUACAUCUUUCCGAACACUGCAUGGGAAUGAAUGGUUGGCUGAUGAGGUUAUUGAUGCAUACUUGUUCAUUCUCAUUGAAAAACAGCAGGCAAGUGGGAAUCAUAUUUAUGUAACUUUUGUUUAAUAUUUC